ACUGCGUGCGGCUCAUUCAAUCUGGAGCGUCAGAUGGUAGAGCUGGCGCCUAGGCGAAGUGCUCCUCGGCUAUUGUCCCUCUUUGGAGUUUGUCUCUUCAGUGUCUGUCAAAGGAUAAAUGUUCGGGACACUAUUCUAAACAGCAGUCUGCUUUAAAGUGUUGCGGUAGAGGACAACUGACAAUUGGGGAGAGUUGGCAACCAAGGAUGCACAGGAUUUUCAAGACACUCUUCGUUUGUAUCGAUUUCCACCAAGGGACCGAUGUGUCGCAUAUUCGCAAGACAAAGAAAUAAAACGUAACGGUUUUGAGACGUAGCCUAUUUACUCGACGGGGAUUGUAUGUGUCCAUACCACAUUUCAUUGCUUUUUUAGACGGGUUUAUUCAGUUUCACACAACGACCCGUGGAGGGAGGAGCGAUGAAAGCAGCUCUAUCGCCAUAAACAACACUGGAUUGCUUUGUCUCAGCGGCAGACCGUGGUGGAAGAGAGUGACAUUUCUCAUCUCAGAUUUGGGCUUUACGGUUUGGACACUAUAGGAGGGCAUCUGCUAAUUAACAUUGAAAGCGGGAAUUUUUCCUUGUGAUAGGCUACAUACAAUCAAGUAAUGUCUUUCUGGAUUCCAGUUUAAUUGUUCACUCUCACAAUUUUGGUUUUGGGGCAUACACCCAACAGUUCUGGGAAGAGCUUGGAGCCAAUCAGGACCAAACGGACUUUCUGAAUCUUAAACUGGGAACAGUCGCUGUCAUCGCCUCCCGUUCAAAUGCUUCUCCUAUUGAAAUUCUGAGGCGUUUUUCAUCUGGCUACACAUAGCUUUUCUCGUCACUGUGGUAAAAGGGGGAUGAUUUUGGACGCGGAGGUAUGCCCACAGCAAGAGGAUACGGUUUAACUGAUUGAGAUUGCCUGGAAGUGUACCAGGUGUUAACUGCACGCGGCGUCGCUGCUGUGGUGGUCCGGCAGCCACAGCCCGGUCAACAACAGUGGUGAUAUUCAGUCAGUUUGGAGGAAUACGGACCCACGUGGAAAGGGACAACCAGUUUUGCGUUCACCAUGGGCUGUUGCAGCGGACGAUGCACGCUCGCUUUCAUAUGUGGGAUGCAGCUGAUCAGUAUUUUGGAGCGGCAGAUCUUUGACUUCCUGGGCUACCAGUGGGCGCCCAUCCUCACCAACUUCAUCCACAUCAUCACAGUGAUCCUGGGACUCUUCGGGACCGUGCAGUUCAGACCCAAAUACGUCACUGGGUAUGCAGUCUGGCUCGUGCUGUGGGUGACCUGGAAUGUCUUCAUCAUCUGCUUCUACCUGGAAGUAGGAGACCUCUCCAAGGACACGGAUCUGAUCAUGACUUUUAACAUCUCCAUGCAUCGCUCCUGGUGGAUGGAGAACGGUCCGGGGUGCCGCGUGACCCCCGUGACCCCGCCGCCCUCCUGGGCGCCCGAGGACCACCGGUACAUCAGCAUUGCCGGCUGCCUGCUGGAGUACCAGUACGUGGAGGUGGCCCACAGCUCCCUGCAGAUCCUACUGGCUCUGGCUGGGUUCAUUUACGCCUGUUAUGUUGUCAAGCUCAUUUCAGAGGAAGAAGACAGUUUUGACUUUAUAGGCGGUUUCGACUCCUACGGAUAUCAGGGCCCUCAGAAGACAUCGCAUUUGCAACUACAACCAAUGUACAUGUCGAAAUAGCAAGGACACACUGCCUUAUGAACCAAUCAAAUAGGAGAAGGAACUGUUGUUGCAACAAUUUUUUUGUCAUCUUUCUUAAAUGUCUUAAUGCUGAUAGUGUCUUACAAAUGUACCUGAGGAAGGGCCGGACAUCGACACUUUGACCUGUGACCUGAAAGACCCAAACACAUGAAUGGACAAAAAAGCUAAUGAACACACACACACACUCUGGAUUUCCUUUGUUUUUGCCCUGCCCUGUUUUAUUUUUUCUUUAAUCAUUGAGCCGGUCCCUCUUCUGAACUGGGGAGUAGGAGUGUCUGCAGGAACAACAGCGCCCCCUGGAGGACCAAGACUGCAACUGCAGGCCCUUGCACCUACAUAUAAUGCCCCCCCCUCGUUCUUUCCGAUGGCAGAGAGGGUGGAUGGAGAGAGUGCAUGGAUACAUUUUGUUGGAUGUUACCUGGAAAAGGGGGGUUAGGGUGAGAGGGGAGGGUGUAGGUCUGUGUGUGUGUGUGUGUGUGUGUGUGUGUGUGUGUGAGAUAGAGAGAGAGAGAGAACUAGAGUGUGUGUGUGUGUGUGUGAGCGAGCGAGACCGUGUAUAUGUGGAGGGGGGUUUUAGAGGGGGGUGCUAGAAAAAAGGGAACCUUUGGAUAUGUGCCAUGUAUGGAAAGAAUUGUGAACUAAAUGAGUGCUAAGUGUGUUAUCUUGAGUAUAAAUACUGUUCACUUUAAUGAAUGUUCAAUAAUCAGCCAUUAAGGCUUUAGUCAUCCAAUGUAGUUCAAGCAAGACUGGGUGGAAGAGAAGCAGACGUAUGGUGUUGAUGCCAUGAUUGACAGGUGGCUACUCGUAGCAAUGGCGGAUGGAUCUAUCGGAGCCAUUGUACUGGGGAGGUGUGGGGGCACACAAAUGUCUUUCCCAACCAAGCUUUUGUUACAGUACUCUACAGUGGAUGUAUUUAUCUUGAAAGUGCCAAGACUAACUGUUCCAGGUGGACGUUGAAAGCUGCCCUGAGAUACUGGGAUGGUUUGAUGAGUUUUCAACAGCAGUCAAAAAAUGUAGUUACCAUUUACUCCACAGAUUUCCGUCUUUGACAACUGUUCAAAGUCACUAUCGAGAUCGACUGUAUUUGUUUGCAUGAGGUGUCCAAAUCUGUUGCAUAUUUAAUCUGUGAGAGCCCGAAAUAACCCAACCUUGGUAGAAAUAACAGUUGGCCUACAGGCAGCUGUGGUUGCUUUGUAAGGUUAUGUGAAUUUUGUGCUUUUAUAAGACAGCCUUGAGUCUCGUUUGACAAAAAAAAAUCCCAACAAAGUAACAAAAAAAAGGAAAAAAGAAGAAAUACGGUUGUAACUUUCAACUUCAAGCUUUUUUAACAUGUGUGGCUGUGUUUACUCUUUUUUAUAGUGGACUAAUAAUUUAUUAUGUUGUGUAAGUGGGCUUUUUGUUUUUCUUUUUGUCUUUGAAACUGUACAAAGUUACAAGGAGGAAACCCCUCGUAAAGAUAACGUUUGCUAACAGCGAGAGGCGUGGAGAGAGGACAGUGCAGCUUGGGGUUCAUGUUGCCACUAAGUCUUUGUGCAUUGUGUAGUCGACAGCUCAUGGACCCCAGCUGGGCCACAGACCCUCUGCCUCCCUCAAUGAAUGGGAGAGAUAGGGGAAGGUAGUAUAAGAUAAUGCACUAUUAUUGAACAUCUAACUCUGAAGACUGCUACUAUGAAAUCCCAGGGGCCACUCAGUAAAUAUACUUAUUGUUGUCCCUUUCUCUUCAGUGGUGUGAAACUAUUGGCUUUUUUUUUUAUUGUGAACGUACUAUGUAUCUGCCAUGAUGAGCUAAAAUUAACCAAUGGCGACUCUCUCUCUCAAUGACAAGAGGUUCAUGCAGCCCAAACUCGCCACGUCUGGAUAUGGACCAGCCUGCUGGGAACUACAAAAAUGGUGUGAGGGGUGUUGUGGACUUGUUUACUCAAUCAAUCACACACAUACACAUAUCUAUUCCAGAGAUGGUCCAUUAAAUAUGUAUCCCUCUGUUGUGUGUGGUCCACUAAUGCAGCCCUCUGCGGAGCUGCGUAGACAAGUUUAGCAAGCACUUGCAUAGUGGAAUGAAGGCACUAUCGCCAAAUUGCAUCACUCAUAAGCAUUUUUAAGUGGUACAGAGGUUGCAUCUUCAGAGAGAGAGAGAGUGCCUAGAUCCACGUCAUGACAAUAAACCAACAUGACAGAGCUUAUAGAGGCUUGGAGCCAUUACAAGUCAGAGACUGUGAGAAAGCAAAUACUGUAUGUUUAGUUGUUCUAUUUUAGUAUUUUUAAAAAAUAAUUCUGUUAAAUCUGACUAAUUCUACAAGAGAAAUGAUUUAUGGGGAGAUCUUUUUCUCAUUAAGAUUCUAUUGGAUUUCAGACAGAUUUCAGACUGAUGUGGGGGUUGGAGACUGAAUUUGAGACAUACAGUCGUACCUUCAUGGGUUCAAUGUGUUUGUCUGGGGGGGAUUAGAGUAUUUAGAGUUCUAUAGAGCCUUCCACUGCUCGACUGGUUUAGCCCAAGGCAGUUUAGGUUCAGUGAGACCCAUUAAUAAAAUGAAGCAUACAAGAGAAUUACAUACAACUGACUUUGAAUCUGAAUAGUGUGGAAUGUACACAUAUACUAUAUAUGAUACAGUGCUAUCUCAUUGCAGUUUUACCUGGUAUUAUGAUGAAGCUUAGCUAAGUCCCUUGCUAUGGUUGAGUGGUGUGUGGUAUUCAUUAGUGUGGAAGCUGAGGUCAUCCAGAGAGACGGACACCGUCCAAAUUACACCACCACGGGAACUUGUCUCAUCGUUUCUCUCCAAGACUUAGUCACCCGCGAGAUGUCAACCUACGUCCUGUUUUUUUUUUGUUUGUUUUUUUCUGUUCUCCCCUCGCCUCCCCCCCCCUGCUGUGUCUGUGGUCAUUAAAAUGGUGAUGGAUGGACAGAGAAGAGAAAAGCGUGGAGGACGAGAGGAAAUGGUCCUGAUACACCGGUGCUACUGCUGCAUGAAGUUUACUCCCAGGAGACCAACCAUCACUGAGGGGUAGUUCCAACCAUAGACUGUAUAUAGGACAGAGUGGCUCCAUUCAGCUAUGUUCUAUAGAAUUGAAGCCACCGAGGCAUUCUAUAUAUACAGUCUAUGGUUCCAACAGAACUGCUCCUGCUCAUCACUCUCCCUUCUCUGAGCUGAUGCCAGUUUGUAAAUAAUAACACUUGAGACCGUAGCCAUGUCCAGUACUUUGUGGGAUAUAUACAGUAUAGUGUAUUGAACUAAAUUUCCAAUUACUGUAGGCUGUAUGUAAUCACAUAUGACAGCAGUGCUCUUUUUGUCUGGUUUUUGUUUGGGUUACUUUUUUUUCAUGUGCAAUGCCAACACAAGUGAACUUCACAAAGUUCUGACGCAGGGCCACAGUGGUCUGGGUUGGGUUCAGUGCUGUCUUCUACUUUUGGAAUAGAUUUAGCUAUUUUCUAUUUCUGUUACUUUUCAAAAAUGACUGUACAUAUAAUAAAAAAAACAAGACAAGACAGUGGAAAUCUCUAA